AUGUCAAAGGAGCAAGCUAAACAAUCGGACACAACAGGAAAUUCAAAUGAUAUAAACAGUGCUUCGACUGAUGACAAUACUGUGGAAAUCUCAACAAAUGUAAACAAGUCUGAGGGUUCGGAAGCACCCGAGGCUGAGGGGAAAUCGAGUAGUGACCAAAGCGGCCCGAAGCCAGAAAUAAUCAUACAAGGAGGUUGUGAGGAAAAUGAAGGCAACCAACUAGACACAUCUAAGACAGCAAAGUCAGACUGUGAAAGUGGUGCUACAGAAAAAGCAGAGGAAUCUGAUAAGAAAUGUGGUGUGAUGGACACUAUAGAAAAACUUGAUGUAAAAUGUCAUUGUGAUGAAGACACAAAAUCAAAUAAAACAGAAGAAAGCGAUGAACCAACAUCCUCAUCCUGUUCUGACACACCUAUAGAUAAUAUUGAUGAUCUUUUGACUGACAACAGCAUUGACAGUCAGUUUACUGAUAAUAAUGGAAAAGAUGAAAAUUUGAAAGUAGAGUUACCUCCCUUGUCUGCAGACGAAAAUUCCAAACCAGAAACUACAACAUCAGAAUUGGCAGGAGCAGACGAGGGAGCAAGUGCUUCACCCACCGCCACAGACAGAAAUGUUUACCACGUUAAGUGGAUUGCCUAUAAAAACAAAGAAAUACCUACAAUUACACAGAAUGAAAAUGGACCAUGUCCCUUGAUAGCUGUAAUGAAUGUGUUACUUUUGAAGGGCCAAGUUCAACUAUCUCCAAACACAGAAGUGAUAACACCUGAUCAACUGAUGACGUACAUUGGCAAUUGUAUUCUAGAAAAUGCCCCCAAAACACAGGACACAUCCGAAGCUGUGCAGUUAAACUAUCAACAGAACAUGCAUGAUGCUAUGGCUGUCAUUCAUAAAUUGCAGACAGGUCUGGAUGUUAAUGUAAAGUUUACAGGGGUAAGUGAUUUUGAAUACACGCCAGAGUGUAUCAUCUUUGACUUGCUGAGCAUCCCAUUGUAUCAUGGCUGGCUGGUGGAUCCCCAAGACAAGGAUCUGAUUACUGCUAUUGGUACCUGUAGCUACAAUCAGCUGGUGGAGAAAAUCAUAUCCCAACGAAGCUCGGACAAACCAGAAACUGUCACUGAAGCAUUGCUGUGUGAGUCUUUCCUUGAUGGAGCAGCUGCCCAGCUAACUUAUCAUGGCCUUUGUGAGCUGAACUCUGUUGUCAAGGAGAAUCAGCUAUGUGUCUUCUUCAGGAACAACCACUUCAGUACCAUGUACAGACACCAGAAUGAGCUGUUUCUGUUAGUGACAGAUCAAGGGUUUUUGAGCGAGCGUAAUGUGGUAUGGGAGACGUUAUCUAACGUGGAAAACGAUGGCUAUUUUGUGGAUGCCAAUUUCGAAACUUACAGGAAGUCUCCACCUAGUGAACCGGUCAUACCACCAACACCCAUGAACCCAGAGGAGCAAGUUGAUCAAGAUUACUUGCUGGCUAUGUCCCUGCAGCGUGAGCAACAACUGAGAGAUGAAGAAAUGGACUGGAAUCAGGACAAUCACAGACAGGAUCCACAACAACCCCGACUGUCUGAUCAUGAGUUGGCAGCUCGAAUGCAGGCUGAAGAGGAUAAACGGUUAGCUAUGGCUGUACGAAGGCAGGAGCAACGCCAGCAACAGCCCACAUGGUCAUCAGGGGGUGGGACACCACAGCACCACAUGGCCCAUGGAAGUCGUCCAAGGGAGCGCACAACCAGAGAACCGAAAUCAAAAGAGAAAGAGGUUGGUAUUCCAACAUGA